AACGCUUGCUCCCUCGCUCACUCGCUUGCUCGCAGGGACACACGCAGGGGCUGACAGCUGUGCUGGUGCUGAUAAGGGAAGCCACAAGGAGACGAUCGAGGAGAGAGACAAGCAAGCGGCAGCAGAGGCAGCAGCGGCAGAGGCAGCGCGCCGGGGCUGCGGAGCUGCUGGGAGUGGGAGUGACGCCCCCACCUCGGGCCCCCACCCUGUCCCCAUCCUCCUCCAGAUUGCCCUGAGUUUUAGAAGAGCAGCCGCUGCCGCCACCGCCACUCCGGAGGGCACCAGGGCUGCUGUCCAGGGAGGGACGGUAGCAGUGAGGCUCUGGCCAGUCCCAGCAGCCGGGGACAGAUGCCGAUCGAGAUUGUGUGCAAAAUCAAAUUUGCUGAGGAGGAUGCAAAACCCAAGGAGAAGGAGGCAGGGGAUGAGCAGAGCCUCCUGGGGGCUGCUCAGGGGCCAGCAGCCCCUCGGGACCUGGCCACCUUUGCCAGCACCAGCACUCUGCAUGGGCUGGGCCGGGCCUGUGCCCCAGGCCCCCAUGGACUGCGCAGAACCCUGUGGGCACUGGCCCUACUCACCUCACUGGCUGCCUUCCUAUACCAGGCAGCCAGCCUGGCCAGGGGCUACCUGACCCGGCCUCACCUGGUAGCUGUGGACCCUGCUGCCCCAGCCCCGGUGGCGGGCUUCCCGGCUGUCACCCUCUGCAACAUCAACCGAUUCCGGCAUUCGGCACUCAGCGACGCUGAUAUCUUCCACCUGGCCAAUCUAACAGGGCUGCCCCCCAAAGACCGGGAUGGGCACCGUGCAGCUGGUCUUCGUUACCCAGAGCCUGACAUGGUAGACAUCCUCAACCGCACCGGCCACCAGCUUGCGGACAUGCUCAAGAGCUGCAACUUCAGUGGACACCGCUGCUCCGCCAGCAACUUCUCCGUGGUCUACACUCGCUAUGGGAAGUGUUACACCUUCAAUGCGGAUCCUCAGAGCUCACUGCCCAGCCGGGCUGGUGGCAUGGGUAGUGGCCUGGAGAUCAUGCUAGACAUCCAGCAGGAGGAAUACCUACCCAUAUGGAGGGAGACAAAUGAGACGUCAUUUGAGGCUGGUAUCCGGGUGCAGAUCCACAGCCAGGAGGAGCCUCCCUACAUCCAUCAGCUGGGGUUCGGUGUGUCCCCAGGCUUCCAGACUUUUGUGUCUUGCCAGGAACAGCGGCUAACUUAUCUGCCCCAGCCUUGGGGCAACUGCCGGGCGGAGAGCGAGCUCAGGGAGCCUGAGCUUCAGGGCUACUCAGCCUAUAGUGUGUCUGCCUGCCGACUGCGGUGUGAGAAGGAGGUCGUGCUCCAGCGCUGCCACUGCCGGAUGGUGCACAUGCCAGGCAAUGAGACCAUCUGCCCGCCAAACAUCUACAUUGAAUGUGCCGACCACACACUGGACUCCCUGGGCGGAGGCUCUGAGGGCCCCUGCUUCUGCCCCACCCCGUGCAACCUGACUCGCUAUGGCAAAGAGAUCUCCAUGGUCAAGAUCCCCAACAGGGGUUCCGCCAGGUACCUGGCGAGGAAGUACAACCGCAAUGAGACCUACAUCCGGGAGAACUUCCUAGUCCUGGAUGUCUUUUUUGAGGCCCUAACGUCUGAAGCCAUGGAACAGCGAGCAGCCUAUGGCCUGUCAGCCCUGCUGGGGGACCUUGGGGGACAGAUGGGCCUGUUCAUUGGGGCUAGCAUCCUCACCUUGCUGGAGAUCCUUGACUACAUCUAUGAGGUCUCCUGGGAUCGACUCAAGAGGGUGUGGCGACGGCCCAAGACCCCACUGCGGACAUCCACUGGGGGUAUCUCCACUUUGGGGCUACAGGAGCUGAAAGAACAGAGUCCCUGUCCAAGCCGGGGGCGUGCUGAGGGUGGAGGAGCUAGCAGCCUGCUUCCCAACCAUCACCACCCCCACGGGCCCCCAGGAAGCCUCUUUGAAGACUUUGCUUGCUAGGAUGGUGCUGUGUGGGGAAGUACCCAUGAGUCUGGGAUUCUACCCACCCAGGCCCCCCCACAUCUCCUGGUCCUGGGACAGAAGACCUGGGACAGCCCAGGGCUAAGGGAAGGGGGUGGUGCUCACUGAGAGGCCAGGACUGGGGUCCUGCUCUCCCCGACCCAGGCUCGGCUGCCUUGCACAAGGGUCCUUCUUGUCCACACUCCCUGCUCCCAGGCGGGUGUCCAGGAAGGGCUGAAGACCAGACUAGAGGCCCCUGAGGAGG